AUGCUUGAGGGCAUGGAAAAAGAGAAGAGGAGACAAGUCGACCGUCUAGAGGGGGAGAUAAAGCGCCGACGGGAGAGAAAGGAACAGCGGCGACGCGAGCAGUUAGAGGUAGAAGAGGCCAUAGCAGUGCACGCCGAUGACGAGGAAGAGCAACAGAGAGUGGACGAGGUCAAUACAGAAGAGGCGAAACAGCUGCAAGUUAAACUGGCUCAAACUAGACGACCCAGUACCCCAAUGGUAGUGACUCUACCGACCAAGAAUCUGGCCGCUCCAACUAGGAUGGAAUCUAUACCUGAGAAUAUUGUCAAUCAAGUUAGUACGUUAGCAGUACCUCAAAAUGUGCUCGCAGUGCCUCAGAAUGUGCUCAGUGAAGAGUCUGAAAUCACGAAGUUGAUCAUGGCCACACCUCUCUUCAAUCAGCUCACAGAGAUAGAGAAGCUCCUUCAAACGCAAAUGUUCUCGAUUGGUAAUCCCCCUCCGGCCGAUAACUCCACCCCCUACAUUGAUGUACGUGAUGCACAGUGGGAAUGCAAUGGAGAACUAGUACCUACUGAAGUACAGUCACUGGAACCGGUCGAUUUUGUGGUGUAUCGAUUUGGAUUAUUUUGUUCCAAGCUCCUUCACAUUCAAAAUCAUCUGCCAGAAGUCACAAUUCUCAUUGCAAGCAAUCUACCACCCAAUAACUACGCUCGAAACUGUUUCCGAAAAUCUUUCUACUACGAACACUCGACUAUGAUUCUUUAUAUUAGAAAGCAGCGUCUGGAAAGUAUUGGAGAGUUUGUUUUAGUUAUGCUUCACUGCCUGGCCCAUCUCAAGUGUAGAGACAUCACUGAUGACAACAAUCCUCUCUUUCUCAGGGAGUUUUACUCUGCCAUUCAAACAAUUUGCCAGGAGCUGUUUUUAUCUCGAGCGACCCAACCCAUAGUGGGAGGAGAAAGGAGGAGUCUGGAGACAAUAGUGGGGCGAGCUACUUCUUGGGAGGACCGUGAGCGGACAGUCAGGGAAUUGGUCGAUUUGGAAGUGCCGUCACAAAAGACUAAAGAGGAAGUCAGUGAAAGAGUUGCCACUGAUCACAGGAGAGUGUCGUCCAGUGAUGGGACUGUGACGAGAGUGGUGGUACCCAACUCAAAUUGGCUGGAGGUUUAGUACUUUCAAAUUUAUCUAUAAUAAUUAAUGCAAUACCAAUUAAUUAGUCAGUAUUUCCAUGCAGAUUGAUAACCUGAAGCUAGAUUACAAUAUUAAUAUUCAGACAAAAUUU